AUGAUGAAAAUCUCGUUCUCGCCAUCACCGGUCGCGACGCACGAUAGCCCUCACCAACUUCGUUUACCAGAUGAUUUUGCUUUCCUCUCACUACUUGUGCCGGCUUUGACCGAGCAACCAGCACCAAGACCAUUGACAUGGACCGAAGACUUGUUCCUAAUGAGCCAUUUCACAUCGGCCACUUCGUACACACUCUCACAUCGCGAAGCCGAUCAGCACAUGUGGCGCGUCAUUGUACCUGAGAUGGCGAUCCCGCAGCCCUUUCUAAUGCACGGCCUACUUGCUGUCUCUGCAAUGCACCUCUCCUACCUGCGACCGCACGAGCGAAGCAAGUAUGAGAUGCAAUCGAGCUACCACCAAGCACUAGCAACCUCGCAGAUGCGCUCUGUACUCACCAAGAUUACAUUUGAGAACUGCAGUGCGGCCUUUGCUCUCUGCGCGCUCCUAACGCUGAUAUCAAUGAUUUAUGUAGCUCGACGCACAGAUGCAGAAAGACAGAGGAGUGGAACAAGCUUCGUCGAUGACAUCGUACAUCACUUUAUGCUCACUCGAGGUAUUGGCGGCGUGCUGGCUGAUCAUUGGGUCACUAUCCUUUCCGGUCCCUUAAAGAUACUGAGCACUGAUAAGCUGGAGGAACCGGACAAUUAUUCCCUACCAUCAUACAUCGACCAACAGUUCUCAGCGUUGCGCUCUACCAUUCUUCCCUCUCUAGGAUCUUCCGAUCCAGCGGCUCUACAAACGUCUCUCGAUGCUUUGGACGGCCUCAAGCUCGUAUAUAAAAAUUGCCUCUUUCUACACCCUCAUCUGCCGCGAUCGAAGCUCGAAAUUGGUGUUGCGCUGGGAUGGAUGUCCUUGGUACCGGUCGAGUUUAUAACACUGCUCAAGCAACGCGAUUCUAUGGCACUGGUCUUGCUUGCCCAUUUCGUCGUCCUGUUCGCAAACUUCGAAGACGUAUGGUUUCUGCAGGGCUGGUGUGAACAGGCCAUGGCUAGUAUUGAGAACAUCAUGAGCGAGCAGGGUCUUGAAGGGCUGAAAUGGCCAUCGGAGCAGCUGAAAAAAAGAAGCGGUUACACUUCGGCAUGA